AUGUCGAAGCCAAAAGAUUUGCGCACACUCAUCGACCUCACCAAAACCACGCAAGCGCUCCUUACGCACUACCAAUCUUCCCUCGCGCCCACCAAAGAUGCUGCUUCAAAGCCCGAAACCUCAACGACCGAAAUCGCAAACCCUCUCGAUGUCAUCAAAGCGUCGACUACACUCCUAAAAUCGCACACGACUACGCUGUCGCUCCUUCUCAUAAAUCCACCUCUCACGCCCUCGGCGAUCAUAGCGAAGAUUGGCGAUGUGAGUUCAGGCCCACUGAACAGCAUGGUGGCUGCGGCCUCAUACGUACCACGAGAGGGUCAGAGGGGUGAUAUCGGGAACAUAAUGCGCACGGAAGUCAAGGCGCAGGUACGGAGGCUGCUGGGGACAUGGGGAGAGGUUCUUGCUAUGAUCUUGAAGAUGGCAGAGCAAAGACGAGAUACGCAAGGUAAAGACAAAGGCCCGACAGAGAACGAGAAGCAGGAAGUCUUGUCUUCCACUGGUGUAUUAUGGGAUGCAUGUGACGCGUUAUUGAAGUUAUGCGCGGAUGGUGUUGUUGGACUGGUGGCCAAGAAGGCACAAGAGCUACGAGCAGUAUUGCUCGAUGCGAUUGAAGAGCUGAAAGAGUGGGGAGAGGACGUUGAAGACGACGAUGAUGAAGCAGAAGGCAGUGAAGAUGAAGACGAGGUCUUUGGCGCGUCGAACAAGAUCGGCAAGGAUGACAAGGUGUUGAAGGAACUGCUAGACACUAGUGUCAAGAAGCUGAAGAUGGUAGGCAUGCUAUACCAAGCACUGAUUAAGAGGAGGUUGAAAACCUAUCCUGCGUCUUCCACACUCGAACCGACUGCAGCCACGAACGGCACCACCUCGGCACCCUGCAAGAAGCUUGACGAACUUAUGAACGCCCUCAAGACGAUACCCGAAACGGUCGAUGACAUCGCGGGUGCAUUCUACGAUCUUAACGAAGACGAGGCGAAACAAACUCUAGAAAAGUGCUGUGGCGAGGCUAAGAGCGCGAUCGAGCUGGUCAAACAGAGCUGGAAUGGUGAAGACGAUGAGUUCACGGCAUGGUCUGGCAAAUGGGUGAGCGCGCUGGAAGCUGCCUGA